AUGCCUGCCCCGCUGGAGACCUGCCUCUCUGACCUCGACUGCUCCAGCAGCAGCAGCAGCAGCAGUGACCUGUCGGGCUUCCUCACAGACGAGGAGGACUGUGCCAGGCUCCAGUCGCCGGCCCCCACCGCGGGGCUGUCGGCGCCGCCCAGCAGAGGCGCAUCUGCGACCCCCGGGGCGCCUGGUGCUCCAGGGCCGCCGGACGACGAGCAGGAGAGGCGGCGGCGCCGGGGACGCGCGCGGGUGCGCUCCGAGGCCCUGUUGCACUCGUUGCGUCGGAGCCGGCGAGUCAAGGCCAACGACCGGGAGCGCAACCGCAUGCACAACCUGAAUGCGGCGCUGGACGCCCUCCGCAGCGUGCUGCCCUCCUUCCCCGACGACACCAAGCUCACCAAGAUCGAAACUCUGCGCUUCGCCUACAACUACAUCUGGGCCCUGGCCGAGACGCUGCGCCUGGCGGACCAGGGGCUGCCGGGGAGCGGUACCCGCGAGCGUCUCCUGCCGCCGCCGCAGUGCGUCCCCUGCCUGCCAGGGCCCCCGAGCCCCGCCAGCGACGCAGAGUCCUGGGCCUCCAGCGCGGCGGCCACCUCGCCCCUCUCCGACCCUAGCAGCCCUGCGGCUUCUGAAGACUUCGCGUAUGGUCCUGGUGACCCCCUUUUCGCCUUCCCUGGCCUGUCCAAAGACGUGCUCCAUCCGACGCCCUGUUUGGUCCCCUACCACUAG